UCUCCCCUUACAGUAUUCGUAACCACAACAAAGCAGGAAGUCGGAUAUUUCAUCAAACAUUGAAAUGGCGUGAAUGUACAUAUAAUCAGAAUCGAUUCAAUUGAAGAUGGAAGUGUCUGGAAAAAAGAAAGACCCAACUAAAGGUAAUUCAAAAUAUGCAGCUGGGGUAAACGCACAUAUAUAUUGUGACCCAUGUAACAAAGAUGGCAUACGAUUAACUGCACAUGGCUUCUGCCAGGAUUGUAUGGAACAUUUAUGCGAGAGCUGUUACAAAACGCAUAGAAAACCAGCACCAUGCAGGAACCAUGUACUACUAGACACGUCUCAGAUGCCAAAAACACAGAGUUCAGGACAUCUUCAAGCUCCACAUGACUUGACUGAACAAUGUCAGUUGCAUAAAGGUAAACUGAUUGAGUACAUCUGUCAUGAUCACAAUACCUUCGGCUGUAGUACAUGUAUAACACUGAACCAUAGGAACUGCAAAAUAAACUACAUACCAGAUGUCUCUAAAAAGUACAGGACAAGUGACGAGUACAGAGAGCUUCUACGAUCUCUAGCGGCCCUUCAGAAACAGUUCAAAACGUUAAUUGAAAACACAAAAGCUAACAAAAAGAAGAUCCUGAAGAACAAAUAUUUGGUGAAAGAUGAAAUUAAGAAGUUUCGCCAAGAAAUUAACAUUAUGUUUGACAAGCUAGAAGCAAGCCUUCAGAAAAAUGCGGAUGAUAUAUUUGCCAAGGAGUCAGCAAGGAUGGAAUCUUUAGCAUCAAGCUCUGUCAAAUUGAAGAAGGAUAUUGAACAGCUUCAAAAUGACAUCAGCAAACUGGAAAUGGCAAAUCAAUGUAAUGCACUCUACAUCCUUUCCAAAGAAAACAAAGAAAUUAUACAAAGCUACACCUCUGCCGAGAAACAAACACACAAAGACAACUACGUUCACAGCUUUGUCUUUACACCAAAUGUUAAUCUAAAGGAAAUACUUGGAUCAAAAGCAGGAAUUGGUGAACUGCAUAAAAGUGACAUCGUAAGAAAUGUAAAAACUGAUGCAGAUUACUUUGAAACGCUUCAUGUCACGUAUUCAGAUGAAAUAGAUGUCAAAAGUCUGUCAGAUAAAAGAGAUUGUUGUAUUCCAGGAGCAGUGUUUAUUGCUAAGCAUCGCAUUGCAGUUCUUGAUUCGACAAAUCGUGCUCUCAAAAUAGUUGAUACAAAGACGAAGAAGAUAACUUGCGAGAAAAAGUUAUCCGAAUCUCCAGAUAAUUUAGAUUCACUUCCAAAUGAUUUGUUUGCAGUGACCUUUAGUUGUAAGGAAAUGAUAACGUUUUUAUCAAUACCUAAUGGCUUGUCUGAAGUCCGGAGUCUGAAAGUAGAUGGAAAGUGUAAGGAUUUAGUUUAUCAUGACAAUAAAAUAAUUGUUACAUUCGAGUGGCCUGGUAAAGUUCAGAUCAUGAACUUAUACGGUCAUGUAUAUCAUUCCGUAGAAAGAGAUUUCUAUGGUAACGAAUUGAAAUGUCCAUGUGUCGCAGUUGAUGUUGAGAAGAACUUUUACAUCUCAGACUGGAAUGCUUGGACAGUAACAAGAAUGAAUCUAGAUGGAGAAGUAUUAAACGGUUUCAAAGAUGAACGCCUUGUGAAACCCUGUGAAAUGGUUGUUCUAGAUGACAGGUCUAUUUUGGUGUGCAGCAGCGGAAACCACAUCAUCUUUUUAAUAUCAGAAAACCUUGAAAAAGGUAGAGUGUUACUUGAGAAAAAAGAUGGUUUGCUCUGUCCAUGGUCUUUGGCUUUAGAUAAAGUAAACAAGCUGUAUGUUGGAAGUGGUGGUGCGUGUAAUCUUUUAAAAGUUUACGAUUUGAAGUAACAAGCAAAACAGCUUUUUCAGUGAUUGUAAAUAAUUCAUUUUCGUUUUUGUUUCGCCUGCGGCAGGGUAGCGGCCGCAUAUGGAGAUCACUACUCCUAAGAAACUACAGGUGCAAUUUUUAAAUUUUGUUCGGACUUCUUCCCAUUUAUAUCACUAAUGCAAGUUCAAUGAAACAUUUCAUGAUUGCUAGAUUACUCAAAUACUUUGGCUUAUUUAUUACACAUGUUUUCCAGUUGAAUAUUUUUUGGCUGAGUUACAAAAGUGUUAAGGCCUGCAAAUGAUUUUUUGUCUUGCCAGUCACACAGAAGCUGAUACAUGUUACAAAGUAGCCACAACUUGUGGGGAUCACUUCUUUAGGUCUUUAUGUCAGUUAGACCGUAACAAAACGUGACAUCAGACAACACAUGUGGUCAGUCAUCGCUCUUGUUUUAUGCUUGUAAUGAUUGAAAAAUAGUACUAAUUUUGUCAAAUAUUAUUUAUUUGCAUUAAUCAUCUAAUAUUUAGAAAUAAUACAAGCAUUAACGGUAUUGUAUAUUUGUGUAACAAGAGAUUCUUCCGAGCUGUAAUGAAUUGAUUAUGUAUUUUAAAUUGAUAAAGCAAGACUUGCCGUUAUGUAGAUAGAAUGCAAAUGUUUCACCGAUUUUUAUCAUCAAACGUAUUUCAUAUACUGUGACAUAUGCAGUGGAACUCGGUUAUAAGGAAUUCUUCGGACCAUGACAUAUAGUUCGCUAUAUCCGAGGUUUCUUAUAAACAAUAUAAGGAAAUAGUAUCUUAUAAACAACUUGUAUAGCAAACAUAAACAUGUAACGAACAACUCACAAGUUCGACGAUUUGAUAUACAUAUUUGUUAUUUAUUCUUAUCAUAAGACAUAAAUUUACAGUGAAAUCAUAAGUCCGUUUACUUACACAUUCAUAACAUCGUAUUUUUUUUUAAAAAAUCAUAUUGUUUUUUAUUUUGAUGUCGCAUGCUACUUGCGCUUUUGCCGUUUUACAACGCAUAUACAUAGUUCUACUUUUUUAACCUAAUUAUAAAUCAUAAUAAUUUCAUUUCGGGAGCGGGUAUUUGAUAAAACAAGAUUAACUUUAUUUAUUGUUGGCGUCCGUGCCGAAGUGCGACGCCCUUUAUGGAUUGAACUCAGAUUUUGUGAAAGGGCAAUUGCAACUUCUUGGGCCUUUUGUCGGUCAUAGUUGCUGAUCUUUCCAAUUAGUAUGAGAGUGUUUGAUUAUCAAAAAUGAAAAGUCGCGUUAUCUACAAUGAAUAGCGAACUGGAGAAUUUCGCAAUGCAAACAUAUUCAAAUGAAAUUAUUCUAUCCGUCAAUCAAUCUUUUUAUUAAUCAUUUUGUAGUAUACAGUAGGUAAUUAUGUAUGUUAUUGUUGUACCUAUAAAUCGAAUGAUGCCCCUAACAUUGUGUAAGUCCGAAAAUCUAUUUAUAGAUGUAGUUUUAAUUUAACGAAACGGUCAUUUGUGUUACGCUAUGGUAAUAAAUAACGAACUGGAGAAUUUUGAAGGAAAUGAGAUGCAAACAUAUUCAAACAGUUAAUUGCACUCUUUAUGUGGGCAUUUUUUACGAACUGUUAUAUCAUAGUAUUAUCAUCUUGAAAUAGUCAUUUUCGUAGGUUCUUUCUGGUUUUCUUUUUUACGACCCUGAUUGCACUUAUGACAUUUUUACCGUGAAUAUUUAAAUAGACCUAGUUCAUAACUUUAAAUGUCGCUUUUAUUUUGACGUUGUUUGUGUGUUUGUUUGUUUCAUUUUCCGCCUUUUCCCAACAGUAUUUCAGUCAUAUAGGCGGGUAGCUUCCUAACCAUCGUUCCUGGAGAGUUACACCAGUAAUAGACUACCUUCCUACCAAAGCAUCUCCCGGGGAUCGAACCCACGCCAGAGAGGUAACUGGAUUUG